AUGGACUCCGCUGAGGCCACUGCUACGACUGCACCUGAUGCCGCUGUUGCUGCUGCAGAUAACCCAGUGACUGAUAACAGUGAACAAACGCCCGCAGAUGUAGCGCCUUCCGCUGACACGCCUUCUGCUGACGCGCCGUCUGACGCGCCCUCCGCUGAUGCCGCGCCUUCGGCUGACGCGCCAUCCGUUGACCUGCCUCCCGCUGACGCGCCUUCCCCGAACGUUGCCGCCUCGGAAGCUGCUCCAACUACGGAAAUCACCGUAGCCGACGCCCCCGUCGCGCCGCCAGCGAACUUCAGUACGUCAGCAACCUCUGAGAUUAUCCCAGAGCUUCAGGCUGAGACACCCGUUGCUGCGCCUGACACGGCGCCUGUCGCUGAAGCCGUUGACCCCCCCAAGCUGCGCAAGGUUCUGAUUCCUCUAGACGACACGUCAGCGAGCCACGAGCUGCUGACGUGGGCGCUGGAUCGGUUUCUGGAGCCGACGCGAGACUACGUGUUCCUGCUGCACGUGCUCUCGCCUUUCAUGCCCGGGGUUGGCGGCCCCGCCUCCGUAUCCGGUGGCGCGAUCUCGCCGUUUCCCUCCAUGAUUACUCUACCAGGCCUGCAUGUCAGCAGUGAUGACUUGGCGCAAGCAGCAAAAGCACGGAAAGACGAGGCACACGUGAAGCUGCAGGGAGUGGCCAGGGAGCUGGCAGAGCGCGGACUGGCGUGUGAGGGCCACGUGGAACUUGGGGAUGCCCGCCACGUCAUCUGCGAUGUGGCGCAACACUUCCAUGUGGAUGCUGUGGUGAUGGGCAGCAGAGCUAGAGGAGCCAUGAAGAGGAUGAUGCUUGGCAGUGUGAGCGAUUACUGUGCACAUCAUUCCCCAGCACCAGUUCUUGUGCAUUCGCAAGUCAUUGUUAGAGCCAACAGACAGAGUGGAGAAGGCAACACUGGUGCUGUUGCUGCACAAAAGGAAACCCGUGUGAUUCGAGAAAGUCUUAACCUGUGA